AAACGAUACAAGCCUCGAUACAAGCUUCACAAAAAGCUUCGGGAUUACUCGACACACGCACCGAAGCCUCGGUGCAAUACGUAACAUCACUAGACAGAACGCUUCUCCCCGGUCAGCGUCAACAACUAUGGCUGUAUUCCCUCUGAGAGGCCAUGUAUCCUGUGGACCUUCCAGCUGUGGAGGACACUGACCUGACAUCUGUAUCUGAACUCUACCUCUCCUCUCUGGAGUCAGGACCUCACAAUGAGGAGUGGUUUGAGUUAUCACACACUUCAAAGGUAGCGAUCACAGCAAACAAUGUGAGGCGGUUGCAGCUGUUUGAUGACGAUCAGUCCGACUGUAUGCUGCUGGCGCUGCACCCUCCUAAUGAUCCAACACAAGUGCUGGCUCUGUACCUGCAGGACCAGUGGUGGAGUGUGGACGACGCGUUGAGGACAUGCUGCAAGGACAGAAACGGCUUGAUCUCGGUGCAGUCACUGAUGGAGCGAGUGAUCGUGUUCCUGCUCAGUCAGGUGCUGGAGAGGUCCCCUCAGGAGAAGACGUUGUUCUCCCUGCACCCCCGCACAGAGAGCUGCAAGCUGCUGUGGAGAGACAGCCAGGCGGUGGGCUUCUACACCAUCAAACACAAAGGCAGCCUGUGUGACGGCUGGAGCAGCCGCUGCUACCUGCUGCCUGCUCUGGACACGCUGCUGGUGAGGAGGGGCUGGAGGAGGAGGGGCCUGGGGCUCCUCAUGCUGGAGGACUUCUGCUCCUCCUUCUCCACAGAGGAGAUCCUGGGAGUCAGCGCUCCGCUAUCCCCCAGCAUGGUGGCAGUGUGCAGGAGUUUUCUGCAGCAGCAUGAAGAACAUCUGGAGAGUCUGUACGAGGUGGAGGCUCCGGGGGGGUGGACCCAACGACGAAACAUCUGGCUCAGCAUCCAGCUGGGACGCUACACUUCCUGUAUCAAGGAGGAGAGUGGUCCCACACCAGGAGACACUCAGAGGAAUAAUGACUCCUCUCUGAAGGUUUCUUUCCAGUAUAAUUAUACACAACCAGAGCAUAACCAAAACAAAAGGAAGAAACAAGAAACAAUCAAAUUCAACAGGUACUAUAUUCAAGCAGAGGAUAGCCGUCUCUGGGAAAAUAGAAUGCUUCCACUUUUUCAAAGCUUCCUCAAAUGUAUUCUCCUGAAGCCUCUCGGAGGAAGUGAUUCUUUCCAUCACUAAGAUGUUGUGUAUAAUAUGGAACCAUCUUCUGAGUCCAGUUUAUGUCAUUACUUUUUUAGUAUUUACACUCAGUGUUCCAAAUACUGUAGGUAUUUUGUUUUGGGGUGUGUUGGUAUCACAUGUAGAAGCAUUAAAAGAAGUUCAUCCCAAUCAAAGUAGAUGUUUGUCUCCAAUACCUUUCUAAUUCUGAUUGAAUCUCAUGCAAAAACAACUCCCUCUGGAGGGAACUUUGGGGACUACACUCCCCACUACAGGGAAGGGGAAACAAACUAGGGUUAAAAGAAUGCUUUGUUUUGAACCGGUGCAUGCAGUUUUUCUUGUUUGGCAACACAUCCCAAAAAUGAAGCUUGAGUUGAAUCAACAUGUCCAACAAUGGAAAACCAUCAUGAGCUUUAACAGAGUAGAACAUAUUGGUGUUUGUUUCUGUUCACUUUGCAUCAAUCUCUUUUGGUUGGAAGUGGGUUAGGGUUAGAUGGGUUAGGGUUAGGACACCAAGAAGGGUUACUUCUUGGUGUCGCUGAGGUUCAGCUCCACCUCCUUCCCGCUGGCAUUGAACUUCCUCUGGUGGACGCGGCUGGGCCUGAUGUACAGCACAUAGAAACGGGCCUGCCAAGAACAGACACAGUGAGGCUUGUUUUCAUCUGAGUGUGAGGUUCAGUCUGUCCAAAAGACUAACGCUGACAACGAUUAGGUAGUCUUCGGGAGGUUAGAUCUCAGACUCU